AUGCCUACCUCCUCCUCCUCCUCGACCUCCGCCGCCGCCACCAAAGCCACUGCCACCUCAUCUUUCCAGAAAACAGUGUCAUUACAUGACUGGUGGUUGAUCAAAGCCGAGAAGGAGCUCCAAGGGAAGAGGAUUGCUGUUGCCGGCUUAACCUCUCCAGAGAAAAUACCAGUUCGCGUGUUUCACUCUGCAGCAAUUACCAAAAGAUAUGAUGCUUUCACUCUUGAGACAGCCGAUGGCUUCACUGUAAUUAUCCAAGGUUACAUUAACAGGAAGCUCACUGUUGAAAAUGGGUUUUCCUCACAGGUUUUGCGGCAUUUCUGUUUUGGCUUUCCUCCUGAUUGGAAAGAACGUGCAACAAAGUUCAUGGAUAGUAACUGUGAAAACGAGGCGGAGCCUCCGGUAUCUCAAAAAGAAUGCCAUCCUAGUUUCUCGGCCAUGCCAGUGGAAGAUGGUGUUAAUAAUUUGAAGAAUGAUGCCUCCAAGAACCUUCCACCACUAUCAAGUUGCCAUAUAAAUGCUGUAAAUUGGACGAAAGACAGCAUGAUGAUACCAGCAGAACCUUCUAGUCACCAUGUGGCUCGAUCUUCUGAAAAGAUAGAUGUUUUAGAAAGCAGAAAGAAAAGCAAAAUGAGGUCCUUUGGAAAGUCAGUGGCCAAAAGGUCAGCUAGUUUAGAAAGAAUCGGCAUCAAGAAUGAUGCAUCAGGGGAAUACUCUGCAUGUGGAGAUUCUAAUGCACCAGCGGCAUACUCAGUACCCACAGAUUAUGAUGAGGACAGUAUUGCUACAUCCUCCGUUGACCAGACACUGUCUGUUGGACCUUCAGGUCCGGUGCUGGCAAUGACCUCAAAAGAGUUAAAGAAUGCAAAGAAAAAGCUAAAGGAAAAUGAAGAAAGCAAGGAUUCACUGAAGAGUAGAAGUAAUUUCUCAACACGAUUUUUUACUCAAGGCCCUCAGGCUAUGGUAAGAUGUAUUGAUGAUGAUACUACAGAAGGACCAACUCCAGGAGAUUCCAAUAAUUUAAAUCAAUCUGCAAAUUGUCUUGUGGGAACAUCUGUUUUCUCCAGCAUGCAGUCAGGCGCAGAAGCCAAUAUCAUUAGACCAUCCAUGGUAGAAAGAGAUACAAUGAAUGCUAAUCUGAGUGAUUCUGGACGUAGAAAAAGCACAACCUCUUUGACGAAUAUGAUAAAUAUCCAGAGACAGAACUCUGUCUCUGGAAAUUCAGUGAAGGACAAAGCCAAAGAGUUGAUGUCAGAUGAAGGUAAACUGAAGAGAAAUUCAGGCUCAACUCUUCGCUCCUCGCUUAAAGUGGACAUAGCAGAGGCAAUGCUUAGAGCUUCAAGACCAUUGGAAGAAUGUUCAAAAAAUUCAAGAAGUAAAGAGACGAAAGAAAUGGUAGCUUUUGAGAAAGGAGGCUCGUCCACAAGGCAAGCUAGAAGGAAACUUGUUUUUUAUGCUGAUCCAGUUACAAAUGGUCCAAAUUUAUGUUUUAUCUUUGCCACCUUAGAGAUGAUCGUUCCCCAAAGAAUUCUGGUGAAUUCCUUACAUGGUGAAAAUGAUGGAAACGCUUUGGGAGUAUUAGUCUCCAUCUGGUUUGUUACACAUGCAGUUCUCAUUUAUGAUACAGUCAUUGACAUUGCACAUGUAUCGGAACAUUGUCUAUCUGGUAAACAUGCAGACUUUGUUGAGCUUUCACAAGUAGGGAUUGUGAGAUUCAUGUUAAGGGGCGAGUGGCUGGAGAACCGUAAUAUCACUGGAGUUCAAGAAGAGUUGGGUGCAGUCGAACCAUCUAGAGGGAUUGAAUCUAAAACUCGGAAGAGCAAAGGAAAGUCUGCUUGA